UACAUCCAAUUCAUAUUUCAACUUUUACUUUUUAUAAGUGCGUAAAUAAUAAGCAAACGUGAUUUUAAAAAAUUCAAAUUCCAUUGUUCGUUCUAGCUGCUUUCAGUUGUUCUAGUACUUUAACUUAAGGUUACUUUAACUUAAGGUUUUUAACUAUAUUUAUAGUUUUGACACUUUAUAAACAAAUACUAAUACACAUAAUAAACCAAUAAUAAAAAUACCUAAAACAGGUGUUAGUAUCACACGCCAUCACUUCACUAAAUUAUAAAUAUGGAAAUGUUUUUAUACACGGUUUUCUUAAAGACCUAACUUGACUGUAAUCUCACUUUAUCACGCUUAAAUACAGUUAGGUCACCAUUUAACAGUUUGGACCAGCAUGUAUAAUAAAAGCAUGUAAAACAACAAUAAAUGUGUAAGAUUAAUCAGAAGGGGAAAAGAGACAAAAUAAACAAAGUAAUAAUGAAAUAUAAUAAAACCGGACUCAUCAACAUAAAGAACCUUUGUAGCUCACAAAAAUGCAACAAUAUUAAUAACAGAAAGUUGUUUUACGUGUAUGUGUACACAUACACACAAUGUGUACAUAUAUUACAAUUUUAGGUUUCAUAUACAUGAUGUAUAUUAUUAUUAUUAUUAUUUCCAAGUCUUCGAAAUGUAUUUUCUUUUAUCUAACACAAACAGUUGCCCAUUUUGGAUGACUGAUAUACUUACUAUUUCAACCCCUUCAUGUUGAUGAGUCUUCCAUAGCGCACCUUUAAUACAAACAGUAAAUCACGCGAGAUUUCACGGUGAGCGAAUUGUGGCCCCGAGUGUACCGUUGAGCGGAGUUGUUGACGGAGAGGGAGGAGGAAAGCAUUGAGCGGAUAAAGAUAAGGCUGCAUUGAAGGAAACAACAUUAAAGUAGGGGGAAAUACAGUAAAUAACCAUGGCGUCAGGGGAUACCCUAUAUAUAGAGACGGACGGUUCGGAAAUGCCAGCGGAAAUAGUGGAACUGCAUGAAAUCGAAGUAGAAACAAUCGAAACCACGGUUGUUGGGGAAGACGGUGAACACCAGCCUAUGAUCGCCUUACAGCCUCUAGACACAGACGAUCCGAACUCGAUGCACCCGCACCAGGAGGUAAUAUUGGUGCAAACCCGUGAGGAGGUGGUAGGUGAGGACGAUUCCGAAUUGCAUACAGAUGACGGCUUUGAGGAGCAGAUCCUCAUACCGGUGCCCGCCGUGGAGGAGGACUUUAUUGAACAGACUCUGGUCACUGUGGCCGGGAAAAGCUCGUCGACGGGCCGAAUGAGGAAGACUGGAACUGGGAAGAAAACAGGCAAAAAGAGCUACUUAAGCACAGGAGAAAUGGGCCGAAAGUGGGAGCAGAAGCAGGUCCAAAUAAAAACUCUGGAAGGGGAGUUCUCAGUCACUAUGUGGGCUUCGGACGACAAGAAGGACAUAGACCACGAAGAACAAAUCACAGGAGAGAACUCACCUCCAGAUUAUUCCGAGUACAUGACUGGGAAGAAGCUGCCUCCAGGGGGCAUCCCAGGUAUCGACCUGUCUGACCCAAAACAGUUGGCAGAAUUUGCACGAAUGAAGCCAAAAAAGGUAAAAGAAGACGACGCUCCCAGGACGAUAGCGUGUCCACACAAAGGAUGUACCAAAAUGUUCAGGGACAAUUCAGCCAUGCGAAAGCACUUACACACCCACGGCCCUCGUGUGCACGUCUGUGCUGAAUGUGGCAAAGCUUUCGUGGAAAGUUCAAAACUCAAGAGGCAUCAACUUGUUCACACAGGAGAGAAACCUUUCCAGUGCACAUUCGAGGGCUGCGGCAAACGAUUUUCUCUGGACUUUAACCUGCGCACGCAUGUGCGCAUCCACACUGGAGAUCGCCCGUACGUGUGCCCGUUUGACGGCUGCAACAAAAAGUUUGCCCAGUCCACCAACCUGAAGUCUCACAUCCUCACACAUGCCAAAGCCAAAAACAACCAGUGAAUCUCAGCGGACUCAGGUUUUAAGGACAACUAUGUCAACAGGAACACAAACAAACACACACACCGGACUCGGGCGAGGAGCCGUCCUGUGGCCUGCUUCAUCAGAACUCACCAUAGACGAGUCAAACUGCUAGAACACGACCUUUUGUCUGACUUUUUGAUACGAGGAAGGUCUAAACAAGGACGUCAUGAACCCGGCACCCUCAGGCCUUCGACCCAACCUUGACGCUACCUGAACAGAACAGUGACAGGUUUCCUCCUGUGAACAUGAUAAUCCACAGAUCUUUAAACUUAUUUAUACUUUAACACCGCUGGUUAACAGAUUUUUUGCAGUACAACUCAUAUUUACAAACACCUUACGCAGUGACACCGUUUCAAUUUUGUACGUUUCCCUCUUCAAGUGUGCAUAUUGUACACGGCAUAAACUCUGUGGUGAUGAUGGUAGUGAGGCUGUCCUGUGUGUUUUUACCCCAUCUGGUCUUCUUAUUUGGGAGUUUGUAUCCAGGACUGAUGGGCUGCUUUUGGCAUAUUUUCAUUUUGUACAAAGGAAAGGCAGAUUCGUGUAGAUAGUGGUGUAAUUUUUCAAUAGCAAUCACUGAAUAAAAUGUUUCCCCCCCCCCUUGCACUAUCAACACA